CUAGAUUGUGGUUGGCAUACUCUCCUCCUCUCUGUGUGGCCUUCCCUCUUCUCUGUCCCCUCCCUCGCUCCUCUUCGCGCCCGCCCCCUCUGUCGCGAUCUCCCCCCCCCCCUCGCGCAGUCCCCCCAGUCACCAUGCUGUCCCGCUUCACCCACGGCGUCGUGAGCGCCACCCGCCAGCACGCCCGCACUGCGGCGCCCAUGGCUGCCUUCUACUCUUCCAAGCCGUCCCCCCUGGCUCGUCUCGAGGAGCUCCGCGAGAAGGCUGCCCUCGGUGGCGGCCAGGCCCGCAUUGAUGCCCAGCACGCUCGCGGCAAGCUCACCGCCCGCGAGCGCAUCAACCUCCUUCUGGACCCCGGCUCGUUCCGCGAGACCGACAUGCUGGUCGAGCACCAGUGCUCCUCCUUCGGCAUGGAGAAGAACAAGAUCCCCGGUGAUGGUGUUGUCACUGGCAGCGGUACUGUCAAUGGUCGCCCGAUCUUCGUCUUCAGCCAGGACUUCACCGUCUUCGGUGGUGCCCUGUCCAAGGCUUACGCUGGGAAGAUUUGCAAGAUCAUGGAUAAGGCCAUGUCCGUUGGUGCCCCUGUCAUCGGCCUCAACGACUCCGGUGGCGCGCGCAUUCAGGAGGGUGUCGACUCGCUGGCCGGCUAUGCUGAUAUUUUCCAGCGCAACGUCAUGGCCUCCGGUGUCAUUCCCCAGAUCUCCCUGAUCAUGGGUCCCUGCGCCGGCGGUGCGGUCUACUCUCCGGCCAUCACCGACUUCACCUUCAUGGUCCGCGACUCUUCCUACAUGUUCGUCACUGGCCCGAACGUCGUGAAGACCGUCACCAACGAGGAUGUCACCCAGGAGGAGCUCGGCGGUGCCAAGACCCAUACUUCCAAGUCCGGUGUCGCGGCCCUCUCCUUCGACAACGAUGUCGAGGCCCUGGCCCGCCUGCGCGACUUCAUCGACUUCCUGCCGCUCUCCAACACCGAGAAGCCCCCUCAGCGCGCCACUCUGGACCCGGUCAACCGCGAUCUCUCCUCCCUCAACCACAUCGUCCCCUCGGACCCGACCAAGGCCUACGACAUGAAGGACAUCAUCACCAAGAUCGCCGAUGACAACACCUUCUUCGAGGUCAUGCCCGACUAUGCCAAGAACAUUGUCAUCGGCUUUGCCCGCAUGGACGGCAAGACCGUGGCCGUGGUCGGCAACCAGCCCAUGGUGGCCUCCGGCUGCCUGGACAUCAACGCCUCUGUCAAGGCCGCCCGGUGGGUGCGCUUCUGCGACGCCUUCAACAUCCCCAUCAUCACCCUGGUCGAUGUGCCGGGCUUCCUGCCGGGUGUCAACCAGGAGCUCAACGGCAUCAUUCGCCAUGGUGCCAAGCUCCUGUACGCCUAUGCCGAGGCCACCGUCCCCAAGAUCACCGUCAUCACUCGCAAGGCCUACGGUGGUGCCUACGAUGUCAUGGGCUCCAAGCAUCUGCGCGGUGAUGCCAACUACGCUUGGCCCACCGCCGAGGUGGCCGUCAUGGGCGCCAAGGGUGCCGUGGAGAUCAUCUUCCGCAACCGCUCCCCCGAGGAGCUGGCCUCCCUGGAGGCCGACUAUGUGGAGAAGUUCGCCAACCCCUUCGAGGCCGCUCGUAAGGGCUACAUCGACGAUGUCAUCCAGCCGGCCGAGACCCGCGCGCGCAUCAUCGAGGACCUGGCCGUCCUGGAGCGCAAGAAGAUCUCCAACCCCUGGAAGAAGCACGGCAACAUCCCCCUGUAAAGCAGCAACGGCAGAAGCGUAGCACCAACACCGGGUAGCCGGACUUGUCCACGCGCGCGCGCGCGCGUGUGCGUGUGUGCGU